CUCCUUCAAUCUGCUGUUAGUAACUAACACACACACACACACUCACUCACACACCGAGACUCAAUUACUGCCCAAUUCCCUUCUUUAUCAUUCGUCCCCGACCUCUUUCAUAACCAAAACCGACCAAGGAAAAAAAGAGGCGAGAAGAAGAGCAAGCCGAAGUGUUUAGUUGAGCUUUUUUUUAAAAAAAAACAACAAACCACGUUGGAAAUAAGUAAAGUGUCGAAACUAUAUAAAAAAGAAAAGGUGUUACAGCAGUUAUGUUAAAGAGCUGAAGACAUCUCUAACAAUAUGGAGUCUGGAGAGCGGCUGGCCUCCCCUGCGCCCACCCUGUCUGCUGCUCGCACCUCCUCCCCUGCGGCCUCUUCCUCCUCUUCGUCGUCCUCCUCUUCUUCCUCUUCGUCAUCGCCUGCCCCCCACUCGAAGAGCAGCCUGGCCCCAAGCCCAUCAGCACUGGGAUCCACCCUCAACACCUCUGGCCGUCUGUUUGGAGCAGCAGGAGAGCAGCCCUUCAUUGGCUCCUCAUUGCCAAGUGCCUUCCCUCUGGUCAACCACCCAGCCUUUGGAGCCCUGUAUACUUCUGGAGCAGGCAGGCCUGAGUUUGGAGGCCUGGGCUCCCUUGGGAUGUCAGCUGCUCUGGCUGCCCACCCCCAGCUAGGAGCCCUGUCUGAGUGGUGGCGAGCUGCUGAAGCCCAUGGGCGGGGAGCUGCUGCCUUUCUCCCCUCUUUUAUUGGCUUCCCCCCAUUCUUUGCCCCUCACAUUCAGCCCAGUCACAACGCUAGUCCUGUUCAAAUCAGGAUGCCCGGCAAGAAUAGCCAUGCCCCACCUAAAGGGUUGAAUGGUGCAGUGAAUGGCAGUGGGGUCUGUCCUCCCACCACCACCCAAUCAGGGAGCUUUUCUGCAAAUGCAGCUCCGGUUCAGGCAUCGUCAAAGCCAACCAAAAAUUCCAACCCCGCUAAAAGCCUCCAUAGCAGCCGUCAGAACAAUCCAGCAGAGUUGGUGAAAAAGACGAUUCAGAAACCUAAAGAGAAGAAACCACGAAAGAAGCCGGCAGACACUUCUUUGGCGAGCAACAGUGACUCAGGCACAUCCUCAGACAGCUCAAGCGAUGGGUCACUCAGCAGUGAUCUGGAAGACCUUGCAGAGGAUGAUGAAGAUGACGAUGAUGACGAUGAUGAUGACGAAGAAGACAAACAGAGUGAAUUAUCAGACUCUGAGAAGCGGACAAAGAAGAAAACAAAGGUUUUGGUACCCAGCACUGGAACUAAAAACAAUGACAGGCAACUCUCUGCAGAUGUGCAGGAUAAGAGAGAUACCCAGGCUCAGAGGGUGCCCUCAAACCCCCCCACCCUUGUGCCGUUCCCCUGCUCUGUUUCCCCUCCCACCUUGUCCCAAACCUCACCAAUGGGGCUGCACAGCUCCAGGUCCUGGACAGAAGGGCCACAGCAACACUUUAGUGUGAUUCAGUCUACUGGCCUGGCUGCCAACCCAAAACCCUUGGCACUCCUCACUCAGCCCCGAAGGGAGUCUUCACCGUCUUCCUCCCCCAUAGCUUUGACCACAUCUCCAAAGGCGCUCUCCAAUACUGCCUCUCCCAAACCUCCUAAACUACUGCCCUCUUCAUCCCCUCAGCACCUGCCCCUCUCUCUUUGCUCCUCCCCAAAGCCUCUCUCCGUUCCGUCUCCGCCCCGAUCAACUCUCCUGGCAUCUACCUCCCCAAAGCCUUUUGGUUUGACCUCAUCAAUAAGUAGCUCCCAGAAGUCCUCACUGAAGCCACCAAAGCAUGAUGCUCCUGGCACCACCAAAUCCAACAAAAGGAAACUGCUGGAAGACUCGCUUGCGCAGAUCAAUGAGUUUAGACUCAAACAGACUCUCAUGUCCCAAGGGCAGACUUUCCCAGUUGAGCAAAAGAAGAAGCAGCAGGGGCCAAACAAAUCUCCCAAGAGGACAUUGCUGUCUUCACCGCCAUUGCCACCUGUUCCUCCUCCUCCACCCCACAAUAAUCACUCCAACCUCUUCCUUUCGAGUGCCCUGCUGGGUCUCCCCGAACCCCAUCACCCAAAUGGAGUCAUCCAAAGCACCACUCAGGACGCACCUUUGGCCCUCAUCACCAAACCUCGCAAAGACUCUGCCUCUCAAGGCAAGUCCCCCCAGCGUGACUUGGACACUGGGUCGAUGCCUGUCAACCUGAGCACAGGGGCAAGUAGGACCCAAACAAGCUCCCAGGCCGGGCCUCCGUCACAGCCCCCUACUACCUCACCCCAUGCCACAGGCCAUGGGUCCAAAAAGAACAAGACACCCAAAGGCAAGGGACAGACACCAAGCCUUGGGCAAGCAGACCUUUUAGCUGCCUGGAGGGGCCUCUCUCAAAACCAUCCGGUACAGUCCUUAGUCGAUUUGUUUCGAGGCAGAGAGGCCAGCAUUGGUAUUCCUGGAGUUAGUAUCCCUGGGGUUGGAAUUCCAGGUAUGGGAAUCCCGGGGACAUGUAACCCCACAGCUGGUCUCCCAGCCAAUAAGGAAUCGGACGACUCAGGCGACGAUGAUGACGAUGACGAUGAUGAUGAAGAGGAAGACCUUGAGGAGGAGGAGGAUGAAGAAGACUCAGAUGAUAGUCUGUCAGAGUCUGACAGCAACUCAGACAGUGACAUCUCUGGGAAGAAAGUGAAGGAGUUAAAGCUGCUGCCAUCUGGAUCAUCUAAGAAGGAGAUGACUCCACGCAAGCUCACCAAAGGUCUAGAACUACUGAACACCUCAACUAAUCACACCACCAGCAGCUGCUCCCCUCUCAACCUACAGGUCAUCAAGAGUCCCGGUCUCGCCACCAGCUCCAGUGCCUUGGCCUAUCACAGCUCUCCAGGCUCCUCCUCCUAUAGCUUAGCCUCUCCAUUAGGCUUAGGGAAGAGGAAGAGGGUGACAGAUGAGAAGGAAUUGAUGGCACCUUUGGAGUUGGGGUGGCGAAGAGAAACAAGAAUUAAGACGUUGGCCGGGCGCCCGCAGGGCGAGGUGGCCUACUAUGCCCCCUGUGGCAAGAAACUGAGGCAGUACCCAGAUGUCAUGAAGUAUCUAUCCAGAAAUGGAAUAAGUGGCAUCACGCGUGAUAAUUUUAGCUUCAGUGCAAAGAUAAGGGUUGGUGACUUCUAUGAAGCCAGAGAAGGACCCCAGGGUUUACAGUGGAGCUUGCUGAAGGAAGAAGAGGUCAUUCCUCGUAUUUUGGCGAUGGAGGGGCGUAGGGGCCGUCCCCCAAAUUCAGAGCGGCAGCUAGCAGGCGAUGUUACCAAAGGUAACAGACGGAGGAAGGGGCGACCCCCGAAUGUGGGCGAUCCACUUGCACCUGAGGGCCCCAGUCCCAGUGAAAUCAAACUUCUGCGCAAAAUAGAGGCUCAAGAAAUUGCCCGACAGGCUGCCCAGAUGAAACUGAUGAGAAAAUUGGAAAAGCAGGCGCUUGCACGUGCAGCCAAAGAAGCUCGCAAACAGCAAGCUAUCAUGGCAGCGGAGGAGAGGAGGAAGCAGAAGGAGCAGAUCAAGAUCCUCAAGCAGCAGGAAAAGAUCAAGCGUAUUCAGCAGAUUCGAAUGGAGAAGGAACUGAGAGCGCAGCAAAUUUUGGAGGCCAAACGAAAAAAGAAGGAAGAAGCUGCAAAUGCCAAAAUACUGGAGGCUGAAAAACGCUUAAAGGAGAAAGAGUUGAGAAGACAACAAGCAGAGAUUCUUAAACACCAGGAGUUGGAGAGGCAUAGACUAGAUAUGGUAUGGGAAAGGGAAAGGAGGAGGCAACAUGUAAUGCUGAUGAAGGCUGUUGAGGCUCGCAAGAAAGCAGAGGAGCGUGAACGCCUGCGACAGGAGAAAAGGGAUGAGAAGCGCUUGAACAAAGAGCGCAAGCUGGAGCAGCGAAGGAUGGAGUUAGAGAUAGCCAGGGAACUGAAGAAGCCAAAUGAAGACAUGUGUCUGUCUGACCAUAAGGCUCUCCCAGAGUUCUCCCGCAUUCCUGGCCUCAUCCUUCCAGGACGCGCUGUGGCUGACUGCCUGAUGCUCAUGCACUUCUUGAGAAGCUUUGGGAAAGUUUUGGGACUGGAUUUGAACAUGGACGUUCCCACCCUGGGAAUGCUACAGGAAGGCUUGCUCAAUGUGGGGGACAGCAUGGGCCAAGUUCAAGACCUUCUGGUCAAACUGCUUUCUCUGGCAGUCUGUGAUCCCGGUUUGCCACCUGGACAAAAGACAAAAACCAUGCUGGGGGACCACCUAACCAACGUUGGCAUCAACAGGGACAACGUCUCUGAAGUGCUGCAGAUGUACAUGGGAGCCCACUGUGCCAACACAGAGCUGGCUCCUUUGGGCCUCAGUCUGAAGACCAAAGCCUUCCAGGCUCACACGCCUGCCCAGAAGGCUUCAAUUCUGGGCUUCUUAGCCAACGAGCUGGCCUGCAGCAAAGCUGUUAUCAGUGAGAUUGACAAGAACCUGGAUCAAAUGGCAAACCUUAGGAAGGACAAGAUCAUUAUGGAGGGUAAACUGAAGAAGAUGAGGACCAUUUAUGCCAAACGAACUGGGAAGAGGGAGACCAGCAUGAAUGUGGAAGAGAACCAGUCAGUCGGCACUCCAUCCUCUGCUGCUAAACGCAAGAGGAAGCUGGGCGGAGACAGUGAAGACGAUGAAGACGACGAUGACGACAGUGACGACCAAGCAGAGGAGGAAGAGGAUGAAGAGGAGGAAGAAAUAAAAAAGGUCAAAAAAGUAGAGACCUAUGACGAGGAUGAAGUUGACCAGGCCACCAGUAUUGAGGAGCUGGAGAAGCAAAUAGAGAAAUUAGCAAAGCAACAUCAUCAGACCAGAAAAAAGCUCUUUGAAAUAUCUCAUUCUCUCCGUUCCAUGAUGUACGGACAGGACCGGUACCGCCGCCGGUACUGGGUACUUCCCCACUGUGGAGGUGUCUUCAUUGAAGCCAUGGAGAGCGGAGAAGCUCCAGAGGAACUGGAGGAGGAGCGACAGAGGAGAAGAGCAGCAGAGGAGGUCAAGGUGAAAGAGGAACCCCAGGAGAUUGACAUGCAGAGGGAGAAAUCUGCAAGCCACGAUGGGCAGAACAUUAGAAAUUUGGACCAACAUAAAGAUGAGGAAAAAAGGCACGAAGGAAGGAAAAGUUCCCCAACUCUCCUCUACCAGCAGCCAGGCUGUAUGUCAAAACUGUGUACGCUUCGAGAUGUGGGGAAGAACAUUUGCAAAGACUCUGUGAAGGCAGAGGAUAAGGAGAGUCCCCAUGUGAGACAAAAUGGCAGUCCCAUGGGGGCUCUUAUCUCCUCAAACACAGGAACAUCAUCCUCCCCCAGUCACAAUACUCUGGAGCCAGCAGCAGCAACAACUCCCUCCAUAGUGACCACUAAUGACACUACAAACAUCCCUCCCCUAGCGUCAACCUCUUUAUCUUUCCCCUGCCUGCCAGCGCCACGUGAAAGCCCAGGGACCACUCCUCCCUCCCCCGCCCCAUCUCCUCACCUCUCAUUCCAAGCCAACGACCAGCUGCUCAGAGUCCUGACAGAAAGAAGUGGACACUGGUUCAGUCUACUCCCUCGUAACCCGUGUGACCUGGCUUCUGUCACCACCACUCCGCCAGGAGUGCUUCGUGGGUCUCCUCAGGCUUCCUCAACUCCAGGCAGACCCAGAUCACCACCUCCCUCCCCUGCCCUCCCUCUCACCCCUUCUGCUGCUUCAGCUUCUGCCAGUCCACACCACCCACCUGGCCUCCUCAACUACCCACUAUCUGCCCUGCAGGCAAAAUCGGGUGGCUCUUUAUUAGGGGUUUCUUUUGGAAGCUGGACCAGUGGUAUGAUAAGUCCCAGCCUGCCUAUGUGUAGCAGCCCCAGCCCCAUGCCGGGUCACUCCCUGGAGGGCAACACGGCAGCAAGUGUCUCCAGUAAGAGUGAAUCUCCUUUACCUCGCAUUGAGAAGAGCUCCUCUGUGCUCUCUCCUGCUCUGGAGAUGCCAAAGUCUCUGGACCAUCCCACACCUCGGCCCAUCCCUGAGGAGUUGCUGACAGGUUGGUGGCGUGUGUCUGACAUUGAAGAGCUGAGGGCUCUCGUCAGUGCCCUCCAUAGUCGAGGAAUCAGAGAGAAGUGCCUCCAGAGGCAAAUGCAGAAAUAUUUGGAGAUCAUCCCCCAGGUCUGCACCAAACACAGAGAUGUGGCCAUGAUCGAGCUCCGUGAGCUGGAGGAGAGCCAGGUCAGUGUGGAGUCGGUGCGUGGUUGGUGUGUGGAGGAGCAGGCAAUGGAAAUGGACAUUGCUGUGCUGCAGCAGGUUGAGGAACUGGAAAGGAAAGUUACCGCAGCCAGCCUGCAGGUCAAGGGCUGGACGUUUCCGGAUCCUCAAUCUGAGAGGGAGGAUCUGGUGUACUACGAGCACAAGCCCCUCAGCAAAUCUCUACCAGCAUCAACAAGCACUGGGGACAAGGACUCCAAGGAGCAUCCAGAGGAUCGUGGGGAGAAGGGCGGGGUGACGCGUCACCCAGACAACCCUCUGGACAUAGCAGUGACACGUCUGGCUGAUCUGGAGCGCAACAUCGAGAGAAGGUACCUGAGGAGCCCCUUAGGUACCACCAUUCAGAUCAGGCUGGAUAAUGUGGGUACGGUCACUGUCCCUGCCCCCGCCCCAUCCACUAGUGCUGACAGGGAAGGCGGUGAGGAGGAGGUGGCUCACGGGAUGAAGGUAUGGAGGAAGGCCUUGAGUGAAGUGCGCAGUGCUGCCCAGCUGGCCAUGUGCCUCCAGCAGCUGCAGAAGUCUAUCGCCUGGGAGAGGUCCAUCAUGAAAGUGUACUGUCAGAUGUGCAAGAAAGGAGACAAUGAGGACCUCCUCCUGUUGUGUGAUGGCUGUGACAAAGGCUGUCACACUUACUGUCACAAACCCAAGAUCACCAGCAUCCCAGAAGGAGACUGGUACUGCCCAGCCUGCAUAUCCAAGGCAAGUGGUCCAUCCCCAAAAAUCAAAAAGCCUCCACCCAAACCAGUAGCUUCUAGUGGAGGAGGAGGAAGUAAGAAAGGUGGAGAGGCCAAGAAGAACGGGAAGCAGACAGGGAAUGGGGAAGUGUCUGAGGAUGAUUCGGCCAGCGCCAACAGCACGCCCAAGAAGGGAGCGAAAGACACCAGCAGGAAGAGGAAAACUGAGGAGAGUUCACCUGCUCUGACUCUGACCAAUCAGGAGAGCCCCACGUGUGUGAAACGAGCCAAGACGGCAAGAGACAACAACAGGGACCUGGGAUUAUGCAGAGUACUUCUUGCUGAAUUGGAGCGGCAUCAGGAUGCAUGGCCUUUCCUCACUCCUGUCAACCUGAAAUCAGUUCCUGGCUACAAGAAGGUCAUCAAGAAACCGAUGGACUUCUCCACCAUACGUGAAAAGCUUGUGAGCAGCCAGUAUCAAAACCUGGAGACUUUCAUUAUUGAUGUCAACUUGGUCUUUGAUAACUGUGAAAAAUUCAAUGAAGACAAUUCAGAUAUAGGCAGAGCUGGUCAUAACAUGAGGAAGUUCUUUGAGAAGCGCUGGACUGAGCUUCUGAAACAAACAAACUAAAAGUCUCUUCAGACUUGUCUCAUUAACCCAUUUUCAUACUGGAUCAGCAGGUUUUACUUUUGUUUUUAUUUUCUGAUGGAAGCCCUGACUUUGCAGGAUGGAAGAGGUAGUCAACUCCUUCAUAAGGAACCUGUGGUGGGCUUAAGAGAGAUGUCACCUUGAAAAAUAAACAAAAAUAAUAAUAAUAAUAAUUAAAAAAAACGUUGUUACAUGAGGUGCGCUGGAUUUAUUACAACAGGGAAAAAAGCCCCAAAGAGUCCCAGAGUAAAGGGGUGUCCUAGUGCAAUACCAUUCCCUGUCUCAGAACACUGCACUGAAUGAAUCCUCAAAUGUCACUGAUGUAUCUGCGCUAGAUUUCUUUCCACUACUUGUAAAUAGUCUUUUGUUAUUUAAUCGUAUUAUAGUGAAUGUAUUUAAUUUUGUAAUAAUUAUUUAUGAAUCAAGGUCCACUUCAUUUUCUAUGAAAAGGAGGAAUCAUCUGAACUGCUUUGAAUUAAAAAAAAAGGAAUGUGUCUUUGUGUUAUAAUUUUUCUCCCAAAUAUCAAACAAAACCAAGAAAAAAAAAAGCUGUUUACACUGUUCAGUGCUUUGGGGCAUCAGAGAACUGUAUUCAUUUGUUGAAACUGUAAAAUUGCAUUUAUUUACAGGAACAGCAGAGGAACAGUCAGACAAUAGUGAUUCAUGUGUAUAUACUGUUUAUUAAUGUCAAUAUUAUGUCUUGUUUGGAACGAUGUGUAAAAAUUGUUUAAGAAUAUUAAGAUAUUGUUUAUGCCUUAGAAUGAUUGUAGCAUUCUAUUUUAGUGAACGUGAUGAAAACAUUAUCAUAAAUAUUGUUUGUACAGUAUAUACAUAUCCUCUGCAAACACUGUGGUAUCCUUAAUCUUGGUAGUGCCUACCCUUCCAACAGGGGCAUGUAGGGGAUGUUCUUGUUUUUAGUUUUCAUUCUUAUGACAAUUAUUUUUUUAUAUGAUUUCAAUCCAACAAGGCCUCCAAAGUUGGACAGUGACACAGAAAUCAUUCCUCACCAUAGCAGAAAAAGGAACAACAAGCAUUCAUUGAUGCUUCCACAACGCAUUUCCUCGAAAUCUGCCACAAUACAGAGGACCUAAGGCCAUUUGUAACCACUGUGUUGAACCUUGCUGUGUGUUGUGGCCUGAUGGGGGCAGCUAGAUUUUUUUGUACCCAAGUCAAAAGUACUUGAAGUUACUUUAUUUAAGAUAUUGUGGAAUAAAAGUAUCAUUCUUUUGUAGGAGCUUUAUUUUUCACUAGUGUGUGGCACGGACCUAUUAAAAGGAUGUUUUUCAACGUAA